GCCUGCGCACUCCAGGGUUCCUGGGAAAUGUAAUUCUUGUGGCUAGGAGCCGCCUCAGAGGCGUGCGGCCUGCUGGGAAGCGUAGUUUCCGGCAAGCCCGCGGCGGGCAGGCCUGAGGGCGGUGCGCGGAGCUUAGAGUCCGCUUGCUGGAGUGAGGAGCGCGAGGUCUCUCGCGGGGAGUGGCAGCGCCGGCGCCAUGUCGUACUGCCGGCAGGAAGGCAAAGACCAAAUAAUAUUUGUGACCAAAGAAGACCACGAGACCCCCAGUAGUGCAGAGCUGGUGGCCGACGACCCCAACGACCCAUACGAGGAACAUGGGUUGAUACUGCCAAAUGGAGACAUUAACUGGAACUGCCCAUGCCUGGGGGGAAUGGCCAGUGGCCCUUGUGGGGAACAGUUUAAGUCGGCCUUCUCCUGCUUCCACUACAGCACGGAGGACAUCAAGGGGUCGGACUGUAUAGACCAGUUUCGGGCCAUGCAGGAGUGCAUGCAGAAGUACCCCGACCUGUAUCCCCAAGAGGACGAGGAAGAGGAGGAGGCAGAAGAGAAGCCAGCAGAACAUGCAGAGGAAGCAGCUCCCACUGAAGCCACUGCCACCAAAGAAGAGGCAGCGUCCAGUUAAUGCAGGCCACCGUGUGGGCUCCUGUCCUCCCAUUCCAGAGUGACAUGGACCUUUUGCAAAACACCCUUUUAUUACUCUCCAAGCAAUGUCUUUCCCUGUGUUGGUCUGUGCACUGUAAUGUAUAAAAUAAUUUAUUUUGAUGAUCGGGGCUUGGCCCCUUGAUGGAUACACUGAAAAGGAAAGCGGAGGGUGUGUGUGUGUGUGUGUGUGUGUGUGUGUGUGUAUGUCCUGCAUAAACCUGUCAGGCAGUGUAGCUGCCACUUUAGAUUUCUCUCUCUCAGAUUGCCCUGAAUUUUGCCACUCUGAAAUAAUGUACUGAAUGUUCUCAGCAAUUGAAAAUUGUUAGCCAGGAGUGUUUCUUAUGAGUGAGUUGAUUUAUUCUGAUCCGUAUCAUCCCUUAUCGUAGCUUUCAUACCUGUUUGGGAAGUUAAAUAGAAACAGCAACAUCUUCCUUCUAAAAUGCUCCCGCGGGGCCAUUCCUCAUAGAAGAGGCCGGGUGGUCAGGGCCGCCGCGCCCUUUCCAAACUGCAUUCCUCAUACACUUUGGUUUCCACUCACCUUGAGCUCGGUUUUCUAGUCUGGACAGUGAGGAUCUGGACCCUCCAAUUCUGUCCCUUUCUAUUUGAAAGGAAAGGCUCGUAUUUUGCUGUUCUUAUUUGACUGUUCUGAGAGCCCUUUGGGUUCGUGUUCACACUGGCCCUCGGACUGGUCGGAUGUCAUGUUCUUAGAGGUUGGGACCUGAUUAUUACCAGUGUAGCAGCCAAGAAAGGAAACUGUGAAUUCAGUAACUCCAUUAAAAGAAAGGUGAUCUCUACCUGA